UGUUUGAGCAAGAUGGUGUCUGGUAGAAACGUGUGUUAGCAGAGUGUCUUUGUUGUGUUUUUAAAGUGUGAACAUGUCUAAAGUCCAAAUGCUGAGAGCGUUGGUGAAGCAGCGACUAACUGCGGCUGCUGAAGAGAUAUUUGGGCUGUUUGAAAGAACGAUAGCAGAGUACGAGGAGGAACUUUGUCGAUCAAAAGAGGAGAACGAGCGACAACGGAAACUACUGGACGCUGUUUUCAACCCUCAGCUUCGGUUACACAGAGCAGACGUCCAGCAGCUGUCGGUGGUUACAGAAGAGGUUCCCCCUGAGCAGCAGGAGUGGAGCUCCAGUGUGGACCAGGAGGACCCAGAGCCUCCACACAUUAAAGGGGAACAGGAGGAACUCUGGUUCAGUCAGGAGGGAGAGCAGCUUCAAGGGCUGGAGGAGGAUGAUAUCACCAAGUUCACAUCCACUCCUGUCCCUGUGAAGACUGACGAUGAUGAAGAGAAACCUCAGUCCUCACAGCUUCAUCAAACUCACACUGAACAGAUGGAAACAGAAGCAGAGGGAGAGGACUGUGGAGGAGCAGAACCAGCCAGGAACUCAGAUUUGGAUAGACAUUUACAACCUGAGACUGAUGACAAGACUGGGGCAUCUUCUGAACCAGAGACUGAUGACAGUGAUGACUGGAAGGAGACCAGAGAACCUCAUUCAGGUUUAAAUUCUCUGAACAAUGAUCAAGUCCCUGUCAAUGAUUUGAUUGUUGGUGAGAAACGAUUUAGCUGCUCUGAGUGUGGGAAAAGAUUUGGUCAGAGGGGACAUCUGACGAUUCACAUGAGGUCUCAUACAGGAGAGAAACCAUUUAGCUGCUCUGAGUGUGGGAAAAGAUUUAGUCAGAAGGGAAAUCUGACGAUUCACAUGAGGUCUCAUACAGGAGAGAAACCAUUUAGCUGCUCUGAGUGUGGGAAAGGAUUUGGUCACAGUGGAGAUCUAGAGAGACAUAUGAGAACUCAUACAGGAGAGAAACCAUUUAGCUGCUCUGAGUGUGGGAAAAGAUUUGGUCUUCGUGGAGUCCUGAAGGAGCACAUGAUAUCUCAUACAGGAGAGAAACGAUUUAGCUGCCCUGAGUGUGGGAAAAGAUUUGGUUACAAUGGAGAUCUGAGGAAACACAUGAUAUCUCAUACAGGAGAGAAACCCUUUGGCUGCUCUGAGUGUGAGAAAAGAUUUUAUCACAGUGGAGAUUUGAAGAAACACAUGACAUGUCAUUCAGGAGAGAAACCAUUUAGCUGCUCUGAGUGUGGGAAAAGAUUUGGUGAAAAGGGAAGUUUAAAGAAACACAUGAGAUCUCAUACAGAAGAGAAACCAUUUAGGUGCUCUGAGUGUGGCAGAACAUUUGGUCACAGAGGAGAUCUGACGAGACAUGUGAGAACUCAUACAGGAGAAAAACCAUUUUGCUGUUCUGAGUGUGAGAAAAAAUUUAGUCGUAGUGGAACUCUGAAGGACCACAUGCGAUCUCAUACAGGAGAGAAGCCAUUUAGCUGCUCUGAGUGUGGGAAAAGAUUUGGUUACAGUGGAGAUUUGAAGAACCACAUGAGAUCUCAUUCAGUAGAGAAACCACUUAUCUGAUGCUAGUGUGGAAAAAGAUGUGGUCAAAAUCUGGAGAAACACAAGAUCUCAUACAGGAGAGAAACCAUGUAGCUGCUCUGAGUGUGGCAACAGCUUUAAUAAAAGUGGAGAUCUGACGAGACACGAGAUCUCAUAUAGGAGGAAAGACAUUUAGUUGUUCUGAGUGGGAAAAUAUUUGAUAACGUGGGAGAUCUGAAGAAACACGAGAUCUCAUUCAGAAGAGAAACCAUUUAGCUGCUCUGAAUGUGAAAAAAGAUUUGGUCAAAAGUUAUAUCUGCUGGAAUACAUGAGAUCUCAUACAGAGAGAAACCAUUUAGCUGCUCUGAGUGUGGCAAAAGCUUUGGUAAAAGUGGAGAUUUGAAAAGACACAUGAGAUGUCAUACAGGAGAAAAACCAUUUAGCUGCUAAUUUUGUGGGAAAUCAUUUACACAAAGUGGAAAUUUAUAUACACACAUGAAAAUUCAUGAAGGAGAAAAGUGACUCAGCUGUUGAGUCUGGGAAAAAAAGUUAUUUGAAAUAAGAUUUCAAAAACACUCUUGAGAAGUCAUACAGGACAAAGUCUUUUUAAUUUCAGUGUCUGUAUGAAAUCUUUUACACAGACUGGACAGUAACACAAUCACAUUCAAACCCACACAGGAGAGACACACUGAAGCUGCAGUGUUUCUCAGGCUCAAAAAAAAUAAAUUGCGUGCAUAUAAUUUCUCUUCAAAAUGUAGUUUAUGUGCGUGCAAAACAUAUUGUUCUGUGCUCGAAAUCUCAAACAACUCGCUCAGGAUUGUGGCACAACUAUAACGCCAUAUAGAUCAAGGUCACGGUGACUCAGUCUGCAAAGAUGUCAUCAAUAUCUAUGUAAGCAUAUGAUGUCUUCUGGAGACUUCAAGUGACUUGUUGUGAACUACAGCCAAGAAAACAAUACUACUAAGAAUCAGAAUUGAAAUCAUCAUCUCCCAAUGGUUGGGUCAACAAACGCAGCAGAUAACAAUGGAACAACACUCAGCUCUGAAAAAAGUUAUAGUGAUGGAUUAUGUGUGUAAACUGCCCAUCAAGAUAUUAAAGGUUGGAUGUAACCAUUCUGAUGUUAUACUUAUGGAUUCCCUGUGUAAACUGUCUACUAAUAUUUAGUGCUCUUAAUUUUGUGAACUUGUAUACAUGCUUUGUAUGGAUUUUAUCAUUGUCUUUCUCUUUUACCAUCCUUGUAAUAUUUUACUGAGUUAACUAAUGGAUUAGGGUAUACACUGGAAAGUGCUUUGAUUAAGCCCCUCUGGGUUUUUUUUGCAUCUCCCCAUCAUGUUUCUGUUGCUCAUGUAUGACUGUUUUUUGCAUAUGUGAAAACAAAUAAACUAAACUAAUAAACAACUGGAACAGUUCA